GCGGAGAGCGAGGCCUGGUGAGCGCCGCCGUGGUGCGCGCCGGCUGGUCAAGGUUGUGCGCGGAAGAGGCGUAGCGGGCGGGCGGGCAAGGAGCGAGCGUCUCACCGUCGCAGUGGCACCGGGAGCGGUCGCCUGGAGCCGAAAUCAUGACCACACCAGGAAAAGAGAACUUUCGCCUGAAAAGUUACAAGAACAAAUCUCUGAAUCCUGAUGAGAUGCGCAGGAGGAGGGAGGAAGAGGGACUGCAGUUACGGAAGCAGAAGAGAGAGGAGCAGUUAUUCAAGAGAAGAAAUGUUGCUACAGCAGAAGAAGAAACAGAAGAAGAAGUUAUGUCAGAUGGUGGCUUUCAUGAGGCCCAGAUUAAUAACAUGGAGAUGGCACCAGGUGGGGUCAUUACCUCUGACAUGAUUGAGAUGAUAUUUUCAAAUAGCCCAGAGCAGCAGCUUUCUGCAACACAGAAAUUCAGGAAACUACUCUCAAAAGAACCUAAUCCUCCUAUUGAUGAAGUCAUCAACACACCAGGAGUAGUGGCCAGGUUUGUCGAGUUCCUCAAACGAAAAGAAAAUUGUACACUGCAGUUUGAAUCAGCCUGGGUCCUGACAAAUAUUGCUUCAGGAAAUUCUCUUCAGACCCGGAUUGUGAUUCAGGCAGGAGCGGUGCCUAUCUUCAUCGAGUUGCUUAGCUCAGAGUUUGAAGAUGUCCAGGAGCAGGCAGUCUGGGCUCUUGGCAACAUUGCUGGCGACAGUACCAUGUGCAGAGACUAUGUCUUAGACUGCAAUAUCCUCCCCCCUCUUCUGCAGUUAUUUUCAAAGCAGAAUCGCUUGACCAUGACCCGGAAUGCAGUAUGGGCUUUAUCUAAUCUCUGUAGAGGGAAGAGUCCACCUCCAGAAUUUGCUAAGGUUUCUCCCUGUCUGAAUGUCCUUUCUUGGUUGCUGUUUGUCAGUGACACUGAUGUACUGGCUGAUGCCUGCUGGGCCCUCUCCUACCUGUCAGAUGGACCCAAUGAUAAAAUUCAAGCAGUCAUUGAUGCAGGAGUAUGUAGGAGACUUGUGGAGCUUCUGAUGCAUAAUGAUUAUAAAGUGGUGUCUCCUGCUCUGCGAGCUGUGGGAAACAUUGUCACAGGAGAUGAUAUUCAGACACAGGUAAUUUUGAAUUGCUCAGCUCUUCAGAGUUUAUUACAUUUGCUGAGUAGCCCAAAGGAAUCUAUCAAAAAGGAAGCAUGUUGGACAAUAUCUAAUAUUACAGCUGGAAAUAGGGCACAGAUCCAGACUGUGAUAGAUGCUAACAUGUUCCCAGCUCUCAUUAGUAUAUUGCAAACUGCUGAGUUCCGGACAAGGAAAGAAGCUGCUUGGGCCAUCACAAAUGCAACUUCUGGAGGGUCAGCUGAGCAAAUCAAGUACCUAGUAGAACUGGGUUGUAUCAAGCCACUCUGUGAUCUCCUCACUGUCAUGGACUCAAAGAUUGUGCAAGUUGCCCUCAAUGGCUUGGAGAACAUCCUGAGGCUUGGAGAACAAGAAGCCAAAAGGAACGGCUCAGGCAUUAACCCUUACUGUGCUUUGAUUGAAGAAGCAUAUGGUCUGGAUAAAAUAGAGUUCUUGCAGAGUCAUGAAAACCAGGAGAUCUAUCAAAAGGCUUUUGAUCUUAUUGAGCAUUACUUUGGGACCGAAGAUGAGGACAGCAGCAUUACACCCCAGGUUGACCUUAGCCAGCAGCAGUACAUCUUCCAGCAGUGUGAGGCUCCUAUGGAAGGGUUCCAGCUUUGAAGCAAUCCUCUGCUUUCUUGUUCCUGUGUCAGACCAGGCUACCCAGUCAAGUCCUCUUGUGGAGCCCACAGUCCUCAUGGAGCUAAUUUCUCAAAUGUUUUCCAUAAUACUGUUUGCGCUCAUUUGCUUGCCUUGCGCACCUGCUCUCUUACACACAUCUGGAAAACCUCUGGCUCUCUGUGGUGGAAUACCCUUUUAUUACAGGGGUAACCAGAACGGCCCACUCUCUUAUGGAAAAAUCCCUAAGCUUUGGAGAUCCGCACUUAUAUUAGAGUCAUGGGAAUAUAUACACAUAUUAAUGUGGCUCCCUUUUUUGUGGGGGAAAAUAAGAGGACUCUUCCUCAUUCCGUAUAGUGGGGAAAAUGACAUUAAAAGAUAAAACUAAAACCUUUAUCUUGAAUUUUACACAACUGCUUGGACAAGGGAGAUACUUAGACUUGUGUGUACAUCAGAGUACUCUUCUCGAGUUCUUCCACAGUGAACCAACCUUUGGAGUACCGGGUGGCUUUUUUAGCCAAAUUUGCAUUAAUCCUUAUGAGAUGGGAUGGUUUUCUUUCCUCUAAUGGAGUCAUUCUUCAGAUAUUAAAGUUAAACCAUCCACUCCCUCACCUUCAGCCUUCAGUGAAUGUGCUUCUAGUUGUCAGGAAUGCUGAAGAAUUAAUACUUUGACUUUGAAAUGUGAUACUGGCUUGGCAGAUUCCCUUAAAGCAGAAAGAGAGGAGCACAGAUUAAUGUGUAUGGCUUCUGCUUCUCUUUGGUUUAUGUCUCUUAGGAUUUGGAAGUAGUUGAGUUUUAACACUGGUAUGAAGAUAAAAGUCCUUAGUAAAAUCAUGUUCUAAAAGUCAUUAAAGAGUCAGAAGAACACCAAACCCAUCACUUUUCUAAGCCAGUGUGACUAGAGGCUGUGUUUCUGCAUUACAAAAGAUACUCAGGCUUUGUGGUCCUGAUCAAGGUCCUGGUAAAUUGGAGUUCACCCUAGGUGCUUUUCCUCUUUGUGACUGGCAGAUAACACGUAUUUAAAUGUUACUUAGGGAUUUUUUUCCUUAGUCAAGUGCAGCUCGAUUCUAAUGUAUUCCUGCUGCAUACAUGAUCCUGCAGUGCAGCAUCCUUAUCUUUAAAAGCAUAACAGUCUCCUCAAUAUGACCUCUAGACUAAAAGGGCAGUGAACUUUUUCUAAUAACCUCAGUGUGUUCCCUGGUUUUAUUUCAUCUCCUACUAAUACCCUACCUCCCCAAGUAAAAACAGUGCCCACCUCCUGCUUAUUUAAUGAUGACUGUAAUGUACUUGCAAAUGGCGCUUCCAGUACUGUGUUCACUGAUCCACGUUUGUGCUUGGACUAGAAGGGGAAAAAACAACAAAAAAAGUUUAAUUGCCAAGAGAACUGCAAAUGAGUUCAAUGCGACUUCUCGGUGCUAGUUGGCCGUCUUGGCUCAAUGUUGGGACACACUAUCAGAGAAGAGCUUUUCUUGAUGAUAUUCUGUUCAAAAUGAAUUCUGAAGGAAAAGUUGCUCCCGUCUGUUUCAGAGCAUACCCUUUUAAAUCUCUUUAGACUACUCUUCUAGAAUUCAUUGUGACCCCAAAGUAUAAAAACUAUCUGGGAGUUGCCCCUGACAAGCUAUUGCACAUCUCUGGUGAAUCCUGCUGAAUGUAAGGGAUAUUCAGAACUUUCAUACCUCAUCAUGAUGUUAUUUAACAGCCAACUUACAUGACCCGAUUUACUUUGAAAAAUUAAUUUCAUUCAAACUAGAGACAAAGGACAUUUAUCAGCUAAGAGUGUGAUACAUUCUUGCCCUAGUCUUUAAUUGUGUCUGUGCUCUGGGAUGGAUACCGUCUGAUGUCUUGUAUUGAUGGAGCAGGCACUACAAAACUAGUCAACUCCCAUCUGUCCUGUUGUUUUCUAGUGCUGCUUUGUGCUGAGAGAACAUGUUAGUUUACUGAACUUGACCUGUACAAGACUGAUUUCUUUGUAAUUUUAGGGGAUAAAUUAGGUGGUUAAUUUAAAGAUGAACUUUCAAUGUUGCCUUUACAUCACAUUAAAAUAUCACUUCUUUCAGAAGGGUAAUAGAAGCACUGAUUCAUAGUAAAAAUCUUGUUUUUAGCUUUGACUUUUUUGUGGCUGUUUUUUUUUUUUUAAUUGUACAUUACUGGUAAUGUUAUUUCUGUAGAAUGUUUUAAAUUAUGUACCUUCUAUUGGAUAGUUAAAAACCUUGCAUCUUAUAAACGAGUUUGAAUGAAAAGAAAUACAAAGCACACAGAGUUGUCACCCCACCUUACCAAGAACAUACAGCUGGAACUUUUGUAGCAAUUUUCGGGUUACCCAGUGAGGUCAGAUCCAUUAACUAGUGCAAUCUGUUUUAUCUAAACCAGAAGAUUUAUCUUAAGCUUGACCCUAGAAGUUCAUGAACCUUAAAUAUUCCGAACUUUGUUUUUAUAGUAAAAUGAUUAAAUGUAAAGAUAGGAGUUGGCUAAAGUUAAACCCCAGCAAAUUCAGAUGUUCUGGAACUGAGUACUUUUUUUUUGUUUUUUAAUACAAGUGGAAUUUUAAGGGGUACUUGUAAGUCCUAUUUUUAGUCCUUCACCUGGCAAAGUCUUAUUGAUUUAGUUUAAUCUUUUGAAAAUUUUUAUCAGAAAGGUGUUACUUACUACAAAAGCAUGUUAGUAUUUAUAACACAAGAAAACUCUUAGGGUUUUUAGAUAGUGAUCAGGGCAAAGUGGCUUUGUUUUCUUUACCUUUCCCUGGAAGGAAAAGUCUUCCUUCAGACUUUUCAAGUAUGUAUUGUAUACUGAGAACUUUGGUUUAAAAAAGUUGCAUUCUGAGAAUUUGAGGUGUAGGUAUUUGGAACCUAAAGGACCAACAGGUAGAUAUGAUUGAAUGGAGAAAUAACCCAGAAAGUGCAGAUACUGGCUAGAAAGAGCAAGAUUAGGAGACGUAGUUCUCUGACACACUUCGUUCUUGUCACCAAUCAGCUAUUUUUCUAUUGCCCUCACAAUAGUCAGUCCCCUGCUGGAAACUGUUGCACUAGGGUUGUUUCUUCUGUGUACCAGACAAAGCUAUUGGACUCUGGGUGUUUUUCAGCCUUACUGUCCAUAAUAAAUAUGAAUUAUUCCAGUUGCUGCUGAUUAUGCCUAAGAAAACAUAUGUAAGUAUAAUUUGUCAACCAAACUCUUUGUUGUACAUGACUACCUACCGGCAACUUUGAUUGAUUUCUGUAGUGCUAAAUAAACAUUUCAGCUGUCUGACCCCAAGACGUGGGGCUGCAUUGUAAAACAGGUUUUUUGGGAUUUAUUUUAUCUCUGAUUAAUUUUGUGAAAAUUGUCACACCAACAAGCAAGUCAUUUUAGCUGUAUUUAGAGGCUAAAGCUUUUUACUUAAGUUGGAAAUUCUGUUUAGUAAUGUACAAUAAGAAAAAGGAGUUGCUUUUUGAGAAGGGUAUUGCUUCCUUUCAGGAUACAUACAUACAUAACUGUGUACUACCUCCUACAUUCAAAAAUUAUCUCAUUUGCAGUUUCAUUUUAACGUCUCAAAUUAGUAGGACCAUUUCCUUCUGUUUGAAGUAAACAGAUUGUCUGUCUGCAUGGUUGGGAAAUAUUUGGGUUACCUUUUCCCAUCAUCCAAAAUUAGUUAAAAGUAAUUGGAGAUCAGAUGUGACUAAGUGUAAUAUUGACUAUAAUAUAUAUAAUAUAACGAUGCUCUGUAAUAUUCUUUAUUGUUAGGAAAUGACAGGUUAUAAGAAUGAGUACUAAAACAUUAGAAUAAUGUUUAAUAAAGUAGAUAUUUAACUUUUUUGUUUUUGUUUUUUUGAGAUAGGGUUUCUUUGUGCAACAGUCCUAGAAUUCACUUUGUAGACCAAGCUGGCCUUGAACUCAGAGAUCCACUUGCCUCUGCCUCCCAAGUGCUAUGAUUAAAGGCCUGUGCCACCACCUGGCUUAUAUUUAACAUUUUUAAAAUAUUAAAUUGCUAGAGCUGGAGAGAUGGCUCUUCUGUUAAGAGAGGUACUUAUCUUAAACAGGACAGUAGUUUGGAUCCAGAGCCCUCUUCUGGUGUACAUGUGAUAUACAUGCAUACCUGUGAGCAAACACUCAACACAGAUAAAAACAAAUCUUGACUGGGUGGUGGCGGCGUACACACCUUUAAUUCCAUUACUUGGGUGGCAGAAGCAGGGGGAUCUCUUGAGUUUGAGGCCAGCGUGAUCUACAGAGCAAGUUCCAGGACAGCCAAGGCUACACAGAGGAACCCUGUCUUGAAAAACAAACAAACAAACAAAAAACCUUAAAAAUAAGCCGGGCGGUGGUGGCGCACGCCUUUAAUCCCAGCACUCGGGAGGCAGAGCCAGGCGGAUCUCUGUGAGUUCGAGGCCAGCCUGGGCUACCAAGUGAGUUCCAGGAAAGGCGCAAAGCUACACAGAGAAACCCUGUCUCGAAAAACCAAAAAAAAAAAAACCUUAAAAAUUUUCAAAGUAUCAAAUUACCGUUAGACAUAAUAUCAUCUGGAUGCUUGAGGUAAGAAAGAAUUAAGAAAUAUUAGUGGUGAAGAAAUUCUGUUUUCAGCUAAGAGUUGUCAGAAAUGUCUGUUUUCCUUUGGGUCAAAUAAAAGCAAGUCAUGUUAUUUAGUGUCUGUUGUAUGCAAGGUAAUUGGCUUUCCUUUAAUCAGUCUUCUAGUUGCUAUUUAAGAUGGAUAAUUAUCAAUAUAUGGCAAGAUCAAGACAAUGCAUUUCUUUGCUCCAUUGUCAUAAUUCUUAGAUGGUGGCUGUCCAAAGGAGAACUUCGCAAGUUCUGUUCUUCAUGGUCAUGCAACAUUUCUGUGCUCAGGAAGUCCUGUGCUAGAUUUUAGUAGUCAUCGGUGGGCAAUCCUUCUGUAUUGGAUCAUUCUUCCUAUCUGUUCCUCAUCGGCAAUACUUAAAAAUGGCUCUGUCUCAUAUAUCACAAUUGCUGUUAAUUUACAUAUUCAGAUAGAUGAAUUGACUCCCUUGUUCCCAAGCAUCUUUCACCUUCUGUAGUACUAAAAUUAUAUACAGCCAGACAAGUCUAACAGAGGUUUAAAAGAAAUUCAAAUGAUUGAUUGUCAGUUUAGUAACAUAGUGGCUAAACUCAUAGAACUUUUUUUUGUUCAAGUGAAAAUAUAGAAGGUACUGACAGGGAAAAGUUUGGGGUUGCAGAAUAAUUACUCUUAUAGUCAGCACCGUGGGUGUAACUUUAGCUCAGCCUACUAUUACUUAAAAGUAUAUUUUCCUGUAGACAUCUCCCUUUAUUUCACUUGUUGGACAUUUCCUACCUCAAAAUGUUUUGGUCAUCAUGUGCCCUUUCACAAGAGUGUUCCUACACUUGAUUUGGAAUGGCUGUUGAUUCUUUGUAUUUAAAUGCACUCUGCCGGGCCAUGGAUGAAUACUUUGCACAUAGUAAAUUUUCAAUAAAUAAUGUAUGAGGAAUAUC